AUGGCAGCCGAAGACUCCGUGGCUACGAGAAAAUGCAUAGGCGUUGAUUGUGAGAAUGAAGCUGGAUCAUUACAAUGUCCAACAUGUUUGAAGCUCGGUACAAAGGAUAGCUUUUUCUGUUCGCAAGAUUGUUUUAAAAGAAGUUGGUCUGAACAUAAGAAAGUACACAAGUCACAGAGUAAUAUCCUCAGUAAUAUCUUUACCCCAAAAGUCGUUUCUAAACCCGAUCCAGCUACCGGUCUAUUCAAUCCUUUUCCUACCUUCCCAUUCACUGGAUCAUUACGACCUGUUUACCCAUUAUCCGAUCGCCGAGAAGUACCAAAAACUGUCCAGCACCCCGAUUACUGGCGAGAUGGAGUUCCACGUAGUGAAAGAACAAGCCAAAGAAACAAGAUUGAAAUCUUGAGCAAGGAACAACAGGAAGGCAUGAGAAAGGUUUGUCGAUUGGGUAGAGAAGUAUUGGAUAUCGCAGCUGCAGCCGCCAAGCCUGGAGUCACUACCGACUACAUCGAUGAGAUUGUACACAAAGCUUGUUUAGACAGAAAUUCAUAUCCUUCUCCUCUUAACUACUGCGAUUUUCCAAAGUCAGUCUGCACGUCCAUCAACGAAGUUAUUUGCCAUGGUAUUCCAGAUAGGCGGGUUUUGAAGGAUGGUGAUAUUCUCAACAUCGAUGUUACACUCUAUCAUGGAGGUUUCCACGGCGAUCUUAACGAAACAUAUUAUAUUGGUGAUAAAGCAAAGGCAGAUCCUGACGCAGUACGAGUGGUAGAAGCUGCACGAGAAUGUCUUGAUCUGGCUAUUAAAAUUGUCAAGCCAGGAGUACUAUUCAGAGACUUUGGCAACAUUAUAGAAAAACGCGCCAAGGAAUCGAAUUGCAGCGUCAUCAAGGCAUACUGUGGUCAUGGCAUCAACAGUUUAUUUCAUUGUGCGCCAAAUAUUCCUCAUUAUGCGAAGAAUAAGGCUGUUGGUGCAGCAAAACCAGGAAUGUGCUUCACAAUUGAGCCCAUGAUUGCUUUAGGGACACACAAGGAUAAGACUUGGCCUGAUAACUGGACAAGUGUAACUCAAGAUGGAAAGAUGACUGCUCAAUUUGAGCAUACUUUAUUGAUCACCGAUGACGGUUGCGAAAUAUUGACAGCAAGAUUACCCAACUCGCCUGGUGGACCGAUACCAAUGCCGGUUGUUGCAGAGGAAACGAAUGGAGAGAAGAAGGAAGCGACAGCUUGA